AUGACUUAUCUGCAAUGGUCAGAGAGCACAUUUCUGGAAUACGGAGAUAUAUGGAGUGCAAAAACAAACAUUAGACAAUUGCUGAACGAAUUUCUGAGAAAGGAGAGAAUCACAUCGUCUCUCGAACUCCGAAUCUCUGCGCUUCUAAGGUUAGAUAGAGGGUGCAAAGUUCCUUUUGGAAACCACCUAAAGGCAGAAAUUGAUGACCUGAAGAGUAAACAUAUAGACAAACCAGAACAAGAGAAAGAAUAUCAACGUAUUAUAGAAAACUGGAAACGAACAGAUGAACAAGUUGAGUCAAAAAUGUUGCAGUACCUUAAACAAAGCACAUUGGAAAGAUCCUUUGAGCUUUCAAAAGAAACAGUAAAGGAGGUAUUAGCUGACAAAUACUUUGUAGAAACAGAACAGUUUCAUGCUGCUAAAGAAAAGCUUCUGCGAAACAAAGUAAUCGUUCUAAAUGGUGCACCAGGAGAAGGUAAAACAACAAUUGCAAAGAAACUUCUUCUUGGAGUGGCAAACAAUCAAAGGUAUAUACAACUGCAUUCAUAUGCAGAAUGGGAAACUGUUAACAUAGACGGGGUAAAUGCUAUUUUAAUUGAUGAUAUGUUUGGGGCUGGAUCAUUUAGUAAAGAAGAGUAUAGAAAAUGGCAAAAACACAUCCCAGCUAUUGCAAUUGCAGUAAAAAACAAACGCUUGUAUCUGAUUAUUACAUCUCGAAAAUAUAUUCUUUCAGAAGCAUUGGAGAAAAUGUUUGUCCAAAGCAUUUUCUCAGAAGAAAAUAUAUUCACCCUUUCUUCCAAAGAGCUGAAAGGACCUGAGAAACAAGGUAUUUUAGAAAAACAUUUUUGUAAAGCUUCAGAAGAAAAUUUUGUCAUUCGCGAAGCUUGUUUAAAGAAAGAACACUCUGAAACUAUUAGCCAGAUUGUAAAACUUGAAUUAUGCGGACCUGAACUAGGCGGUCUGACUAUUGGAUUUCCCGAAUGCACUAGGUUAUUCUCUAGCAGUGUGUCAUUGUAUGAGAAAGGCAUUGAGUUUUACAAAGAUCCAAUGGCAUGUGUUAAAACAUACAUGUCAGAGCUUCUCGCAGACGAUGAAAUACUGAUAGCAUUUUUUGUAUUAUGGGCGCAAGAAUCCAAAUUCCUUAUAUCUCUGGAACUCGAACGUCCUAUUGAUGACACAGCAGGAAAUAUAAUUGCGCCAAUAAGACAAUUACAAUUCCAACCUGAUAAACAUAUCAGAAAAAUACGGCACGUUUUACGACAACACCGCGGCGGAUUCAUUAACUUUGAUGGUAAAAAUGAAUCUUUUACUUUUAGCCAUCGCGUUGUUCAAGAUGCUGUUGGACUAGUUACGUAUGAAAUAAAUCCAACAGCUGUGAUUGAACAUAGUGAUUCCUCUUUCAUAGAUAAUUUUAUUCGUGCAGGUAAAGAAUCUUAUGAUUCUGUCUCAUCCUGUAAUAUUGGUCAGCUGAUAAUACACGUUAGCCAUGCAAGAUAUUCACAGGUAAGCUGUAGAUUAGGAUCCUUUAUAAUGUCACCCGAUUCUGAGACAUUAAAAGAUCCUUCACUUUUAAGACUUUGUGUUUUUGAAGACAAGGAUUUCUGUUUAGAAUUCCUUAAUGCUUUAAACAGGCAAGGAUGUUUGAAAACAUUUCUCAAAGCUAAAACAAGAAGUCUCCGUUCAGAAUUUGCCGAAUUCAAAUUUCUAAAUGAUGUGUCCACUGAUAUGGGAGUUCUAGCAUAUUUGGUGUGGAUGAAAGAAGACACAUGUCCGUUGUUAGAAGUUUGUAUAUAUACGAUGUUGUCCCUUGAACUUGAAACAGAGAAAGAGCUUUGUACAUCUUUACUGAUAGCAGUGAAACUCGGGUCAUGUAAGUUGGUCAACUUCCUUAUUGCACAGGGUGCUAAAGUCAAUCUAAAUCAUACGUUACUCUCAGUACAAAGAGGUAACAAAGACGUUUUAGAGCGACUUUUAAAAGAUACCGACAUUUCAUCUAGAAGCGACAUAUUGUAUAAAGCAUGCAAAGCAGGAUAUGUAAACGUUGUAUCAACAAUAUUGGAUGACGAAUGUGAUCUGAUAAAACUUGAUGAUGUCGAUAGCAAACGCAUGAUUGAAAAUGCUAUUACAGGAGGGCAUGCAGGUCUCUUAAAGUAUUUUUUACAAAAAAAUACACUUGAGACUGAUUUGACAUUCGAUGUCAGGGGUAAUGAAUUGCCAUUUUAUCAUUUUGUUAUUUUGAAACAAAAAACUGAUUUGCUAGAUGUGCUUACUGAAGCAGGAUAUCGCCCGAAAAAUGUUGAUAGCAAAGGAAGAACUCCCUUUCUGUAUGCCAUAUAUUCUGGUAAAUCAUCAAUUUUGUUAAAGCUUUUAAAGUUAUCAGUGAAGGAAAAUGUACAUUGUCUGCCGGACAACGCGAAAAACACAGCAUUGUAUAUGGCAAUAAGAAAGGUCAUUACAUCUUCAGGUCCAGAAAGGAAUGUUUUUCAUGACAUCGCUUUAAGAUUAUGCAGUUUUUAUGAUAAUAUACAUCUAAAAAAUGAUAAUGGAAAACAAACUGCUUUAGAACUUGCCUGCAAAGGACAAUUAGAUGAAAUAGCUAAUGCUAUUAUACAACAUGGAGACCCUUUUGUUAAGAAAGGAACAACUCUUUUUCAUCAUUUCGUUACAACUGGCAGUUCACAGAUGCUGUCCACGCUGUUGAAAUGUAACAUUGAUCCAAAUCAGCAUGAUAAUAACCAUAGAACACCAUUUAUGUUAGCAAAUGCUUUAGGCAAAGUAUCAAUUCUAGAAAUGUUGCAGGAAGAUCAAAGAAUAAAGAAAUAUAAUAAAGAACUUGGCAUAGAGCUAAAUACUCGGAAUAUUUCCGGAACCUUUUCUAUUUGAAAGACGCAACACCAGAAUAGAUCUAUAAAUUAUGGCGGAUGAGGAUUGGUGACAGAUGUUACACAUCUCAUAAAUUAGCAUACAUAGGGUUUGCAGUUAUUUUGUCUCCUUUCAAUUGUGUUUGCGUUGACAUUCUGGAUAGUAUCGCCUAUUUAUAUUAAACCUGCUUAAUAUAAACAAUACCAUACAAAAUGAGGGAACUCUUACAGUUGAUAAAUCAGUUUUGAUUUCCGUUCUUAUUCAUAAUAUCUAUCUUUUGAUUUAUUCAUCGUUGAUUUUAGUCGAUUUGUACGAUUAAAAUUAUUUUCAAAUGGAAACCUAGGGAUUCAGGACCUCUUCAUGGGCAAAAGUAAACACAUAACGGGCAGGAUAUAUAAACUGAAGUAAAUUCAAAUUACAGGGUUUGUAAAUGUGACAGGUAAUAAUUUUGAAGUGUUGCAAUGGUCUAUAUAUAUAUCUUACAGCGUUUCUAAGCCUUACAUCUGUUCAAAAUGUACCCUCAACAGCAGGCAACUUACUACUGAGAAUCACUGAAACGAAACAAAUCGUUCAAAUGAAAAUUCAAUGCGUAAACUAAAACCUAAAAAUACAAAUUAAGCAUGUCAAGUAUGGUUUCACUUAUGAGAUUUUUAUCAAUAUUCCGAGCGGAAUUUGUGAUUACAAGUUAAGAAUAAUUUCUGCCCUCUUUUGACUUGCUGCACUGCUAAGACUUGCUGCAGUAUUGGACUUGCUGCACUUUUGGAUGUGCUGCAAUAUUGGACUAGCUUCGCUUCUAAGACUUGCUGCACUCCUUGGACUUGCUGCACUAUUGGACUUGCUGCAGUAUUGGACUAGCUUCGCUUCUUAGACUUGCUGCACUCCUUGUAUUUGCUGCAUAAUUGGACUUGCUGCACUGUUUGAUUAGCUACGCUUUUAGACUUGAUGCGGUCCUUGGAUUUGCUGCAUUCUUUUGACUUGCUGCACUUUUGAACUUGCUGUACUAUUGGACUUGCUGCACUGUUGCACUAGCUACGCAUCUUAGACUUUCUGCGCUCCUUGAACUUGCUGGACUAUUUGACUUACUGCACUAUUGGACUUGCUGAACUAUUGGAUUUGCUGCACUUUUGGACUAGAUACACUUCUUAGACUUGCUGCGCUCCUUAGACUUGCUGCAAUAUAAGACUUGCUGUAGUAUUUGACUUGCUUCCAAUCUUAGACUUGCUUCUUUUCUGGGAAUCGGACUGUUCUAAGACUUGCUUCUUUUCUUGGAAGCGGAGCGUCCUAAGACUUGCUUCUUUUCUUGAGAGCGGACCGUUUCUAAGACUUAACUCUUUACUAGAAAGCAGACCGUUUUUACACUUGCUGCUUUAUUUGAUUCCUUCAUUGGACCUGCUCACAACCAAGGAGACUUGUUGAAAAAAAGCUUUCUGACAAUAUUUGAACCGAGCCAAACGCCACAAUUGUGACGUCACAUCAAAACAAAAUGGCGGACAUUUGUGUUUCGUUUUUAAAAUAAAUUGGCUAUUUUGAUUGUGCUGAAUAAAAUUUUAUAUGAAAAACAAUAAUGGAAUAGCAAAUAGACUUUUGAAGACUAAGCAUUAAAUAUGUAAUUGUAAAUAACCAAACAAUUUCACAAUUCUUUCCUGGUGGUUCCAUAACUAGAAUUGACACCACUGAUCGGUAAUAUAAGAAGUUGUAACGUUUUACAAAAUCAUUCUUGCAACUUCUUUUUCAACUAUUAAAACAUGAGAAUCCCGAACGGCCAUAUAAAUUAUUUUAAGUAUUUCCUCGACCUACUUUAGAUUUUUCUGAAAAAUUGUUGUGAAUUGAAAAAAAGACCUUAACAUUUUUACAUUUGUACGUGAAAGGGAGAAAUGACACCAGAACAUCAGAAAAGUAGUAAUAUAACAGUGGAUUUAAUAUCUUAUCGCUAACAUCAUACCCUGUAAUACGACCACGAUAUCAAAUUGAUAUUAUCCAUUGCAACAAAGAAGGAAAACGCGUUUGAAAAGCGACAAUCGUGCAGACUUCCUUCUGUUUUGCUUUAAUCAUUUCAAAGAAUUUCAUUCAUUUACCGUCGUCCAGAAAUAACACGAAUCUAUAUAUAAACCUAUAUAACUAUCCUUUGCUACUCCGGAUAAUAACCCUUUUAUUGCCUAGGCCAAUGUAUAUAAACCUUAAUUGCAUUUUUUGAUUUCGCAAGACAAAGGUUUUAAGAUUCUAAGUGAUAUAUAACAUUCCUGCAUAUUUUAAUAAAAGCAGAGGCCCGGAAAAAACAAAUAAUUUUCGUGUUUCACAUUUAUUUUAUAGUUGAAUGAUGCCCUCUCACCGCUCUCUGUAUUACUUUUAGAUAAGCAGCAUUAAAAAGCCAUCUUUUAUCAAUAAAAGCCAUUGUUUUAGCAAAAGUAUAUGCAAUGCAAUGUUUGGGAUGUGUUUACGCGAUUUCGAUACAAUUGUUUUACCAAUAUAUAUUGUAUUCAUACAUAUUGUAUUACAAUGUUUUGCCAUUUGUAUAUAAUUUGCAUAUGCAUUCUUUUUUCUCAGAUUCUAAGAUCAAGUAAGUUUAUAUAUUUGUACGAAAGUGUUUUAAGCAAAUAGUAUUUAUUUAGCAUUAAUAACGAAUUUUUGAAUUUUUCAUUUAAACAGUCUCUAGCUCAUUUUAGCAUUGAAAUGAAAGAAUAGCAAGUUUGACAAUUUCAAACAAUCAGGAAAACAAUACAAAAUAUGAGGGAAAGUUUUUUAAAUUGUAAUUACAGCAGCGAAAAAUUGUUUAUAAUAAACAGAAAAUUCAAGUUUUGUUUUUAUAAAUAUAGGAUUUAUUUUCAUCUUGUGGUAUGAAAACUAUCAUAUUUCACACGUGGUUACCGCCACUAAUGAGACAUUUGUUUUAAAAAAUACUGUUUUUAUAAAAAAAAUUGACUAUUCUAUAUACCGUGCUCGCCAGACGCUCGAAUGAUAUUCUUUGUUUUCUGCCAGUUCAGUAAAUGUAGUAGUAAACCUAUGCGUUGACUGUAGAUAAAGAUUGUAACUGAAAUGUAUGUAAUGGUAUGCAUGCGAUGUUGUAAAUAAGAGGACUGUCUUUCAUGUUUGAUUACACAAGAUUGAAUUGUAUUACAUAGUUAAACAAUGAUAAGUGUUUUUCCAUUUUUUGAAGGUGUUAACAUUUAUGCAAUUAGAAACUAUGUUAUCAUAUAUUUAAUGUGCAUGAAAAUAUGUAUAUUUAAGACAUAUAAUAUGUCAUUGUACAUACUUGUUUUUGUCAUGUUUUAUUUAGAUUUGUUGAAAACUAAUCAAUAUGUAAAAAAUUGAUAACAGUCAUAUUAUUGAUAUUAUAUAAAGAUGUUUUAACAUUGAAACAUGUUUAUAUUUUUUUCAAGCACCGACAGCUUUAUGUUCGAUAGCUUGUUUGUGUUUAUCAAUCUUGGUUUUUAUUAAGAAAGGUGGGCACUUCAUUGUCUUUGAAUCAUUUUCAAUUUUUGACAGGAUUAUUUAGAUUCAAUAAACGUCGCUAAGGGUAAUGUCUCUUAUAAGUUUUUUUUAACUAAGCUUUAAUAGUUUUCAAGUGAUUACAAAACAAUGAUUUUACAUAUACUGUAACAGUCACCUUUGACUAAAAGAUCCUGUAACACAUUUUUUAUGGUUUUAUAUCAUAUAUAUGAUGCUCAAAUUAAAAUUUAUUAACAUUGUAUCUCCCAAAAAAGCAUUAUUUAUAAAGAUAUCACGGAAUUUAACAUUUCAUGUAAAUAAAGGGAAGUAAUAAGAAAUUUUUUUUUACAAAGUCUAAGUAAAAAUUUUCAAUAAGAAAUGAAUGCAUAUAUUUUAAUGAUAACAUAUAAUGUGCACAAAUAUUUGCAGUACAUAUUUUACAAAUUCUCAUUGAUAUUUGUUUCAUAAGCAUAAUUAUAUACAUAUAUACAAUUUCACUUAAGUGUGGUAGCAGCCUCAGUUACAAAAUACAGGAUCUUUAAUUAGCUCAAAAGAAAUGGGGUAAUCUGUAAAAUUUUAAUAAUGAAAAUCAUCCCCAAAAAAAUCUUAGGACUGCGGCCUUAAGUUUUCUCAAGUAAAUGGUCGGACAAGGUGUAAGUGGUAAAGACCACGAUGGUCAUGACCUUUGAUAAAUAAACCGCAAAACAAAAAGGGACCUUCUGCUAGUAAUUAGGUUAUGUACUUACCAAGUAACAUGAACCAUUUCUUGUUGUUUCCCAAGUAACUGGUCAGGCAAAGAAGAGGUGACGAAUGUAGGUACGGACAUGUCCUUUGACAGUAGGCAUCCAUAUUUUAAAUAUAUAUUAUACAAUAUAUAGAAAUGUUUUAAUUUUGAUAUACAACUGGAAAUAAGUUAAGCACAUCCCGGAUACCUUACCCAGAGUCCGGAGCCCGGGCCGGAUUCAAACCUCUAUUAUAUAAUCACUCGAAAUUAAAUUGUUUGUUUUGGGAUUGGUUGCUGUAGCCUAUUGAUAUAGAAUUCAGACGUUUGUUUAAAAUUAGAUGUGAUGACCUCAUUUUACAUUAGAUGUAAUAUGUUUUAGUGGCAUGAUGUUAACUUAUGAACAAACCUUAAUUGUACAUAGAUAAUAUUUGUUUAUUUCAUGCUUUAACAAUAACUGUAAUACAUUUUGGCUGAUUUAUGCUUUUUAAUGUAACGUACUAUCAUCAUGACAUCAUACAAGGCAUUUCAACACUACACUGUUGUAAUGCCUCAAGAUUUGUAGAUUGAAUUACAUUUUCAUAAUUUCACAAUUGUUCAUGGUCUUUUGUAUAUUUUAUUCUAUGGAUUUAUGUUUUGCAGUUGCAACUUCAAUUCUGAUAUCAUGAUUAUAUGUAUAUAAU